AUGGGCCGCGCCCUGCUGCAGGCCUCCCUCGGCGAGGGGAGGGUGCUGACCCACCUGACGGAGCUGACGCCCGAAGAGCUCGCCGCCCUGCCUCCGCUGCCGACCUCCCUCUCCGGCAGCGCCUUCCUGCAGCAGCACCCCGCCGGCCACGGCGACGCAGCCACCACCGUCCGGCCUGAGGCGGAGUAUGCCGUCGCCGCCUGCGCCGCCCAUCCCGUCCUCGAGCACGAUCGCGUCUGCGAGUUCGAGGCGCUGCUGCGCGGGCGCGCGGCGCGUGCACCCGCACCGCCGCCGCUCGCCUCCCCACCGCAAUUCCCCACCGCCCCCCUCCGCAGGCCUCCCUCCGAGCAGCAGCGCCUCCGGCUCGGCGAGCUCAUGCGCGGGUCGCACGAGUCGUACUCGCGCGUCGGGCUCGGCUCCGCCGCCACAGACCGCAUCGUCGAGCUCGUCGCCGCGGCGCCGCCGAGCGCGCGCCUCUACGGCGCGAAGAUCACGGGCGGCGGCUCGGGCGGGACUGUCUGCGUGCUCGGCGAGGCGAGCGACGAGGCGCAGGCGGCCAUCGACGCCGUGCUCGACGAGUACGCGUCCGAGACGGGCCGCCGGCCGUACGUCGUCAGCGGUUCGAGCGCGGGGGCCGUCGCUUUUGGCCAUGUCGAGCUGCGCUGCUCUCCGUGA